GAGAGAGAGAGCAUGUGAUGACAAGUGUAGUCUUAUAAACUGUGUGUGUGUUUUAACGAGUUAAAGGUUAAAGUGUGUGUGUGUGUGUGUGUGUGUGUGUGUUGUGGUCACCAUGGUUUUCCUCAGACGGACAACGCUGCUUCGUUACCUGCUGCUGUCGGCCAUGUUGGCUCUGCUCCUCUUCAUCAGCUCCUUGUGGCUCCCUCAGGGCGGAGUCAGAGACUGUGGCAGCGCCUGGCAGCCAUGUUUGAAUUUUUACUACCAAAAGCCUGAGCCUCCACUGGCCCCCGGGGAGUGGGCGGAGUUAGACAGAGCCCCGCCCCUCAUUAAGGAGUGUCCGGGCCAAUCGUUUCAGGCCCGGCGUCUGCUGCAGUAUUUAAAGUCCAGCCUGGCCGACGCCGACGCCGACGACGUCCUGCUGGAGCCGUACCUACAGAGCUGGGAUCAACUCCUCAAUUUCAUGGAGUCUCUCGGGACGAUCGUCAGUUUCUUUUCUCAGAAGGUGAAGGAAAAGGUCGUGCUGAUACGAGAGCUAUCACUCAAACACAGCGCAGAGGCUCAUGGGAAACUAAAACGUGGGGCGUACCGCUCAGUUCGAUCCAUGGUGGAGGCGGAGCUAAAAGCGGGCGUGGUCAACUUCUCCCGUCGCACGGAUUCGGGCUGCAGGACGCUGCUGCGGCUGCAUCGAUCUAUGCUGUGGUUGAAGCUGAUGUUGGAGGGUUUGGCUGAAGGACCGGACGCAGACGGACGAUACAAAACACCUGGAGAGCUGAGCAGGGACGCCUACAAGGUGGCGUUGGCGCCCCACCACCCCUGGGUGCUCCGUCAGGCUGCAGAGUUCGUCUUCCUCGCUCUCCCAGACCGACACUACUUCCUGCAGCUGGUGUGUGUGCAGAGCCAGCGGGAGGCCACGCCCGUCCUGCGCAUCAUCAUCCACGCCCUGACGCUGGUCCACACGCAAACUCAACGAAUCCUGUCCGAACACAACCUGCUGGAGCUGCCCUGAACACGCUUACUAUUGGAAACGCUCUCCGCACACCCCACAGACGCACUGCGGUUCCUCCACGUGACUCCAGGCGUGUUUGAUCAGACUGCCCAGCAUCCUGUACCAAACGCCGCACACUUUACACGGUGUUUUGCUGCUCUCGAUCAACCUCUCCUCCCUGCCGGACGUCCUGCCUCCUCGCUUCCUCCUCGGCUUCGACGACUGCAGCUCGGGAUCCGGUUUCCAGUCGUCGUCUCCAUCAAAUGCCUCGUCUUUGUUGUCGGCAUCGUCGUCGUCGCUGGAGUCCGCUUGCUUCUCUGCAGCAGCAUCGCCAUCAGCUUCCUCCGGUGGUUGUGAGCGAACUCUGUUACCUUCUACGUGCGGAACCGACCUGCUGUGGAGAAACAAUGUCAGAUUACUUUGUGCAGAAGUAUGUCGUAGAUAUUUGUAAACCUGUGGUUCAACCUGGAGGUCUGGACCCAGGAAACAGGAAAUAAUCUGCUCAAAAUUCAUCCAAAUCUCUGGUUUUACUCAAAGUUCCUCCAGUUACUGAGUUCCCUAUUUGGGUUCAUUGUUCAGUUCAUCAGAUGUUCUCUACUGUUAUUGAUAUUAGUGAAUACAUAAAAUACAGUCAGUUUACUCAGUGAAAGAAAAAGGCUCCUUUAAGGAAGAGGUUGGGAACUACUGGGAACUAAUAAAACUUUAUUGAUACCAGGUCGAAUUAUUCUACAAACGUAUCAGACACAUUAUUGUUUCUACGUCUUAAUAAAUGUGAGGAGAUCUUUCAGUUAC